AUGUCGAUGCGCUAUCUUGAGGAGGGCGUUGACAUUCACGGUGGCGGGCAAGACCUUAUAUUCCCUCAUCACGAGAACGAGAUUGCCCAGAGCGAGUCCUUCAGCCAGCAGCAGCCAUUCGCCCGUUUCUGGCUCCACAACGGAUUGCUUAGCAUUAACGAAGACAAGAUGAGUAAGUCUAUCGGCAAUGUUAUUACCGUUGGUGAGGCGCUUAGCCGAUUCUCUUCGUCAGCGUUGCGAUUGUUCUUCCUGAGUUCUCACUACCGCAAUCCGCUUGUUUACAGCGACCAGAAUAUCAUGGCUCAGGAGCGCGCUAUAGAGCGCAUCAGAAACGCAGCUUCUCCCAAUCAACAGGUUGACGAUGGCGAGUCCCUUGACGCGUCCGCCUACAAGCACCAGUUCAUGGAAGCGAUGGACGACGAUUUCAAUACUCCAAGGGCACUUGCUUCAAUCUUCGACCUUUCGAGAGAGAUCAAUCGUGCUACAGAACAAGGCUUCGACGUUACAGACGCUCAGCAAACUCUUCUAGAGCUGGUCGGUGUCCUUGGCAUAGACCUCGAUGAGCCCGAUUCCAGCGCGGACGGGGACAUUGCCCCAUUCGUGGAGCUUCUCAUAAACAUUCGCACUGAGUUGCGCGGAGCAAGGCAAUUCGCUCUUGCUGACAAGAUUCGCGACGAACUUGCCGAGUUGGGGGUUAGCCUAGAAGACUCCAGCAGCGGCACCGAGUGGCGGCACAGGACACAAUAG